UUAGACAUCAUUUGAAUCAGGACAUACAUUUAAAUUAACCGGCGAUUAGUUCGGAAUCGAUCACGAUUUGAGCAAUCGAUGUCAUCGGGAGUCUUCCAUCUCUAGCGAUAAUCAUUCAAAUAAAUGUAAACAAAUGAUAUUUACUUUUAUUUCGCCAGAAAUCUGAUAAUGGAUACUGGGAACAGCGAUGUGGAGCGAGCACUGGUGCGAAAGUAUCCUGGACUUACUGUGGAGCUUAAGCCGAGUGGAUCCUGCAGCAUCAGUGGAGUUAUUUGCAAUAAGGGUAUUUGGCGAAGUCUAAAACUCUACUUACCCCAUUACCCAGUUCUGCAUGGUUUCGUGCUAUAUGUGCAGUUUGGAGUGGAGUACAAGAUCUUUUCUCCGGAUAAUCUGAAGUUACAGGAUGACUGGAUGCUGGAGGACUUACUUGAUAAUCUAGAAAAGAUUCUUCCUGCCAAAGAAACCGAAUCAAUUUCUAAGAAACCAAAGACAACUUAUCAAGGGAACAUAUACUCCGACAUUCUGGAUUUGCGCAAAUCUAAGGAGUAUCGCAUGCAAAUUGAUGACGACUGUUCCGUGCUUCGAUUAAGCGAAUUCAACGAACACGAACGUCACUAUUUGGAACUGGAGAUUCCCUCUCUACGCGUACGAGAUCACAGUCUUCCAGAAUGCGUAUCACUGGGUGAGAUGCUAACCAAAAGUGCUAGAACCUUAGAAGAGGUCAUCAACCUCUUUCGCAAGCUUUUGGAGGACCUGCGUCCGUUUUACGACAACUUCAUGGACAUCGAUGAACUGUGUCAUGUGCUGCAACCGUCGCCCGCCACUACCAAACACAAGUCCCGGGUGUUUCCUCUUAAAGAUCGCGUCUACUUAAAGUUGACAAUUGGAGAUCCCUUUGCAUGCAUCGCCUCCAUGGCUCUGCAGAUCAUUGGUCCAACUGAUGAGGUUGCCCAGCUGCGUCAGGUGCUCAGCGAAGGCCUUGGCAACUGGGACUCCGAGGUGGAUAUUCACAAGAACUUACUGCGAAUGUUCGAUUUAUGUUUCUUUCCAAUGCCGGACUGGUGUGAUGGCCCCAAGCAGGAUGAGGAGGACAACGAAGAGCUGCGCUGCAAUAUUUGUUUCUCAUAUCGCUUGGAUAGUGGUGAAGUGCCCCUCGUCUCGUGUGACAAUCCGAAAUGUGUGCUAAGGUGUCAUGCUGGUUGCCUGAAGGAGUGGUUCCAAACGCAGAUGGAGGGCAAGACUUUCCUAGAGGUCUCCUUUGGCUUGUGCCCGUUUUGCAAGGCUAAGCUGUCUACCUCCUUUGCUGCACUUUUAGAUGAAUGAAAACGAUUCCUUAUAAACAAUAAAAGCAACUAUUUUAAGAGUAA